AUGGCAGCCGAUAUGUUAGAAGAAAUUGAUUUAGAUGAAAGUUUAUCUGCUUUAGCUAAUAAAUGGAAAAAGAAUACAACAAAAAAUCAUCAGCAUAUACUAAUUGAUCCUGAAUAUAACUAUAUACCUUAUUUGACUAAUAAAAGUUAUAAUGAAAGAUUAAAAGGCAUAUUUGUUUUAUCAAAUUUUAUAUCUGAAAUAUCUUCAAAACUAACCAAUAGAAGUGAAGUGGAGCAUUUAUUAAUAUUUUUUUGUGAUCGCUUGAAAGAUCAUCAUUCAAUCAUUCCUUAUGUUCUUAAAGGAAUCUUAAAUCUGGUUUCUAAUGAAAAUUUUCCUGAAGAACAAACUGUAACUGUAACAAAAGCAAUAUUUCGUGAAGUUCAUGUUCCUUCUCAUUUUCAUAAUGAUAGAUAUUGUGUUUAUACAAUACUCUAUACACUUUUAACAAAACAUUUGAAAGAAUUGCAAACUAUGGGUAGUGAUUUUGUUUUUGAAUUUAUUCAAGUUAUGGAUGGUGAAAGAGAUCCAAAAUGUCUUUUACUAGCUCUUCAUACAUUACCAAUUAUUAUAACUAAUUUUGAUUUAGGGGCUUUUAUAGAAGAUUUAUUUGAAGUGUUUUCCUGCUAUUUUCCUGUUGAUUUCAAUCCUCCUGUAAAUGAUAAAAUUGGAAUUACUCGAGAAGAUUUAAGUUUAGCUCUACAGAAGUGCUUUUUAUCAACAUACAAAUUUUCUGAGCAUUCUUUUCCACUGUUUCUGGAGAAACUAGACUCUGACUUACUAACUUCAAAAAUAGAUUCUUUAAAUCUUAUAUCUCUUUGUUGUCAAACCUACAAACCAGAAUCUGUAAAACCAUUUUUAUUACCUGUUAUUACUGCCAUCUCCAAACAGGCAUUGUUAACAAAAAAUAAUGAAAUUCAAAGUAAAUUAUUUAAUACCUUAACUAAUGUGCUACAAGUAGCUUCUUCAUCAAAGGAGGAGCUAGAUGAUGAUGUAGUGAAUGAAUUGAUGAAUGAAAUUUGGAAAGAAUGUGAUCACUUAAUACAAGAUUUGCAGUCAUUACAAUUGUAUGAUGCUCCAAAGAUUCUCCAAUCUACAGCUGCUGCAUCACAACAAUGUAGCAAUUGGAUUCUCUCUAAAACAUUUCCUCAUUUUCUUCAUAUGUUUGCUGCUACUACAAAAACAACUGAGAAACAAUUUAUUCUUGAACUUCUAACACAGUUUUUGAGAGUUACUAAACAAUAUGCAGAUUUUCAAGAUGAAAAUAAUCCAUAUAAGAAGCAUCAAAGGUCUCUGGUUGGAUUAUAUUGUUUCUCACUUAAUAUGAAUAAUGAACAACUAUUAUCAUCAGCAAUUAAAGGAUUGAAAAUAAUUUUAUCAAUAAAAGAUAUGAUUGGAAAAGAUUAUCUAAAUCCCAUUACAGAAUGCAUUUUAACAAUUGCAAUUUCUAAUAAACCAUCUACAACAAGGACAAACUGUAUUGAAUUAUUAUCUGUUUAUUCAACUUAUUAUCCAGUUGAAGUUAAAGAAAAAAUUCUUCCUCAUCUAUUCCAUGAAGUUGCAAAAGUCACUUCCACGGUUGAAACUACAAGACUUCAGACAUUAUUAGAAUUUGUUACUGCUGCAAGUAUUCAUCACAUUACAUCAUCUGAAAUCAUUUCUAAAUUUUUGACUUACUUGAGAGAUCUUUAUACUGAAAAUGUAUUGCAAUGUAUUGCAAAUUCAUUAUUACAAAUAACUAAGAAUCUUGUACAAUCUCCAGAAGAAAUUCAUUAUUUAUACAAAUCUUAUUUUGAAAUGUUGCAAGAGAAAGUAAUUACAACUUAUAAAAUGAAGCAAGAAAGUUUUAGUUCUGCCGUAUCAGAUAUAUUAGGUAGAGUUGUACAAAUUGUUAUUCAAAAGUUAGAUUUAAGUUUAACAGAAAUUUUAAUGUCUUAUAUUUUGAAGAAUCUUUCUUUCUUAAUGAAUUCUUAUGAUUCUCAGCAUUUGACAGCAUCACUUCAAUAUAAUGUUGCAGUAAUAUUGAGAGCAGUGUUUGCUAACUCUUGUAAUAUUACUGGGAUAUCAGAACAUCAUUUUCAGACAUUGUUAAUGGCAACAGAGAAAAUUAACGAUGAAAAAGUUCAUUUACUAGUCACUCAAUGUAUUGCUGUUAUAUUAAAUAAGAUGGAUGAUGAAGCACAGUUAACUGAAUGGAGUAAGUCAAUAACAUCCAAUUUAAUAACUAUUUUAAAUGAAGAGAGGAAUUCUAAUCAAGAAAAAGCAGCAGUAAUGUGGAUUUGGAUUACCAAAGCUUUACUUCUCAGAGGAUAUUUGCAAAUUGAUUAUUUAAUUUCACAUUUAAUAUCAUGGCUUGGUCACAAAAUAAUUGGAAAAAUCAUUGCUGAUGGAUUUUCAACAAUUUUAGAAGAAAUUCCAGAGAAGCAUCAAAGGUCUCUGGUUGGAUUAUAUUGUUUCUCACUUAAUAUGAAUAAUGAACAACUAUUAUCAUCAGCAAUUAAAGGAUUGAAAAUAAUUUUAUCAAUAAAAGAUAUGAUUGGAAAAGAUUAUCUAAAUCCCAUUACAGAAUGCAUUUUAACAAUUGCAAUUUCUAAUAAACCAUCUACAACAAGGACAAACUGUAUUGAAUUAUUAUCUGUUUAUUCAACUUAUUAUCCAGUUGAAGUUAAAGAAAAAAUUCUUCCUCAUCUAUUCCAUGAAGUUGCAAAAGUCACUUCCACGGUUGAAACUACAAGACUUCAGACAUUAUUAGAAUUUGUUACUGCUGCAAGUAUUCAUCACAUUACAUCAUCUGAAAUCAUUUCUAAAUUUUUGACUUACUUGAGAGAUCUUUAUACUGAAAAUGUAUUGCAAUGUAUUGCAAAUUCAUUAUUACAAAUAACUAAGAAUCUUGUACAAUCUCCAGAAGAAAUUCAUUAUUUAUACAAAUCUUAUUUUGAAAUGUUGCAAGAGAAAGUAAUUACAACUUAUAAAAUGAAGCAAGAAAGUUUUAGUUCUGCCGUAUCAGAUAUAUUAGGUAGAGUUGUACAAAUUGUUAUUCAAAAGUUAGAUUUAAGUUUAACAGAAAUUUUAAUGUCUUAUAUUUUGAAGAAUCUUUCUUUCUUAAUGAAUUCUUAUGAUUCUCAGCAUUUGACAGCAUCACUUCAAUAUAAUGUUGCAGUAAUAUUGAGAGCAGUGUUUGCUAACUCUUGUAAUAUUACUGGGAUAUCAGAACAUCAUUUUCAGACAUUGUUAAUGGCAACAGAGAAAAUUAACGAUGAAAAAGUUCAUUUACUAGUCACUCAAUGUAUUGCUGUUAUAUUAAAUAAGAUGGAUGAUGAAGCACAGUUAACUGAAUGGAGUAAGUCAAUAACAUCCAAUUUAAUAACUAUUUUAAAUGAAGAGAGGAAUUCUAAUCAAGAAAAAGCAGCAGUAAUGUGGAUUUGGAUUACCAAAGCUUUACUUCUCAGAGGAUAUUUGCAAAUUGAUUAUUUAAUUUCACAUUUAAUAUCAUGGCUUGGUCACAAAAUAAUUGGAAAAAUCAUUGCUGAUGGAUUUUCAACAAUUUUAGAAGAAAUUCCAGAGCUUUUGACUACAGAAUGUCAUGCCAAAGUGAAAUUAUUAUACAGACAAAAAUUCUUUAUGUUAACACUUCCUCAGCUACUAAAUAAAUUUGAAAAUUCAUCUGAAGAUCAGCGAUGUUAUUAUUUGACUGCAAUCUGCCAUCAGUUAAAAUUCCAAGCCAAACCUGUUCUUGUUGCAGAAUUACCAUCAUUACUCCCAAUCAUUGUGAGGUCACUGUGUUGUGAAGAUCCAUUACUCUUAGUUUCAGUUUUGAGUAAUCUUGUGGAUGUUAUGGAAGCAUCACCUCAUUUGUUUGAAAAUUACGUACAGACUUUAGUUCCUAAAUUAUUGUAUUUGUCUUCUUUCAUGGAUUCAAUGAAAGUAAGAAUACUGUCCUUACGAUGUAUAAAGGCAGCAACAGUUUUGCCUCAACAUAUUCUCCUACCUUUCCGACAAGAGGUUGUUAAAAAGUUAGCACCAUGUCUGGAUGAUAAGAAACGUUUAGUUCGAAAGGAAGCUGUAACAGCCAGAUGCGAGUGGUUUUUGAUAGGACAAGCUGGGAAAUAAGAAAGAUAAUAUAAAGGUGUAAAAUAUAGAUGUAUAUAAUUAACUGCUGGAUAAAAAGAUGAUUAUGUUUUCACAAUAAAAUUAUUUUUUAUUAAUUUUAUGGACAUUUAA